CAGGAUGCCAUUUCAGUGCACCUUUCAAAAUAGUUUCCUUCCAGAGUCCAAGCAUAGACUGACCUCAGCUUUAGGAAAAAGUUACUAUUUGCCAGGGAGUGCAAGGCAUGGAAUUGAAGUUGGUGUUUUGCUCAGUGGGUGCAGUGAAUUAGCAGAACAUUCUUGUACUAGGUGGAACAGAACAAGAAAGUUGUUAACAAAGUAUCUCCAUCAGGCAUAAUAGAAAUGGGAGAGGUCAUCUGCAUUUCACUAGAUUUCUUACUCCUUCUAGUGUGUACAGAGCCUGGAAAACUGCUUUUAUAAUAGUCUUCACUUCUGAUUGGUCCCUCAGAGGGAGGCUGAUUUCAGCAUAUCAGAAAUGGGCAGAAGAAAAAAAUAUUAAUUUACAAGUUGUUGAAUAAAUAAGCACCCCUGUGGAGGCAUCUGUUUUUCUGGGUGUAGAGUUACUUUGGCUGGGUAGGGCUAAGGAUCUCCUGGCUUGCUUUAAGCUGGGUUGCAGAAACAAGGCUUUUGCAGGUCUGCUCUUACAGUUUCAUUGAACAAAGCCCCUGCAAAAUCCCUGGGUUAUGAAAUAUUUCCUCUCUGUCGGGUCCCAGACAAGAGAUGGCAUCUGCAGAGCCAGAAAAGGAAGUCCUUGCCUUAUAGAGAGAGCUCAUGGUGUGACACAAUGGCUGAUAUAAAGUGUCAGGGGAGCUGAGUUGAAGGCAAAGGAACAAAGGAAGAUCAAGAUUCGGUGGCUGUCUCAGGCAAAAGGAAAUUGGAAAGUGUCUUUGGGAUGGAUAAAUUUAAGGCUGCGCUUGUUCUGGCUGGGGUCGGGGAUGCUCUCGGUUAUCGCAAUUUCUCCCGUGAAAACAAUGCCUUCGGUGCAAAAAUCCAGCAGGAGCUGAAGGAAAUUGGAGGGCUCGAGAACCUGGUGCUCUCUCCUGACAAGUGGCCAGUAAGUGACAACACGCUCAUGCACAUGGCUACAGCUGAGGCUGUCAUCACAGAUUACUGGUGUUUGGAAGACCUGUACCGGGAGCUGGUGAAGCGCUACGUGGAUGCUGUGGACAAGCUCUCGGGCAGGCGGCCGGACCCCGCCACCAUCGAAGGCUGCAGGGAGUUAAAACCAGACAACCACCUUCUCGCUUGGCACACUCCCUUCAACGAAAAGGGUUCUGGAUUUGGAGCUUCCACAAAAGCCAUGUGUUUGGGGAUGCGAUACUGGAAGCCAGAAAGGCUGGAGUCACUCAUUGAAGUGAGCAUUGAAUGUGGACGAAUGACGCAUAACCAUCCCACAGGUUUUCUAGGGUCCCUUUGCACAGCUCUCUUCGUGGCAUACGCAAUACAAGGGAAACCCCUUGUGCAAUGGGGAAGAGACAUGAUGAAGGUUGUGCCGAUGGCUGAAGAAUACUGUAAGAAGACCAUUCGUCACAUGGCAGAAUAUCAAGAGCACUGGUUUUACUUUGAAGCCAAGUGGCAGUUUUAUUUGGAGGAGAGAGAAAUCAAUGAGGAAAAUCAGAAUCAACCUGUCUUUCCAGCCAACUAUGAUGCAGAGGAGAGAGAAAAGACGUACAGGCGGUGGAGCUCCGAAGGCCGCGGGGGAAGACGAGGCCACGACGCCCCCAUGAUCGCGUACGAUGCCCUGAUGGGCUGCGGCGGGGACUGGACAGAGCUCUGCAACCGCUCCAUGUUCCACGGAGGGGAGAGCGCGGCUACUGGGUCCAUCGCCGGCUGCCUGUUUGGCCUGGUUUACGGCCUGAGCAAGGUGCCCAAGGGCUUAUACCAGGACCUGGAACAAAGGGAGAGGCUCGAGUUCUUGGGCGAGAAUCUUUACCGACUAUCCAUGGAGGAAAAGUAAAGCAGUUUCUGCCAUUUUCUCUUUCUAUAAAGACUAUAUCAAACCCUGUAGAUAUCUGACUGGCAUUCGUAGUGAAGGAGGUGGCCCUGGGUUAGUCUGAAGAGCUCUGUGUACAUUGCGUGCAAGUGAAGAUAGCUGAGUUCUUAGACUGACUAGGAUUAUUAGACUGAUUAGAUACAUGUGAUAUUUGUGGGUUUUUUACAGAUGUAGGGAUUUCUAAAUACAAGGAGUGCUGCUUAAACCUCAAAUGGCAAAAAAUAAAUAAAAUGUCUUUUGACUGAUUUCAGUCUAACUUGCUAUAAUACCACUUCCUAAACAGCUGUUUCCAGUAAUUACACAUACAAAAUUAAUUUUCAGAACUAAUGCUUUCUUGCAAAACUAAUGGUAGUACCCACUCACGGGGGUAUUCUCUGUAUAUUUGACAAUCCUUUCACCACUGUGUCCCUCCUUGUUCUCAAAUCUAAUGUGUCUGUGACACUUGUAAACCUAAUGUCUCAUGGAUUAGCUUUUAAUGAAUCACUGAUCCCUCUAUCAGCACUGUGGUGUAAGGUAUUGUUACAUUAGAAGCUUCCAGAAAAGGAAAAGCCAACACUAAAAAUACCUCCAAGGAACAGCAAAGCAUCAGUGUGUCUAAAAUUUCUGAUCAGUGUGUCUAAAAUUUCCGAAUUAUGGUUUUAUUCUUCUUCAGUCUUCAGAACAAAAGUUUCUCUAAAAUAUAUCUGGCUGAAAUAUUUGUAAAUAAAUUAAUCUUGCACUA